AUGAUAGCCUUAGGCGUCGUCUUCGUUAUUCUCCCUACAGUAUUCGUCGGUCUGCGCCUUUGGGCACGUUUUAUGCGUCGUGCUGGACUCGGGGCCGAUGACUAUACCAUCUUAGUUGGAUGGGCGUUUACUCUCGCCGUCUGCACGGUGCAUCUGAUCGCAGCUAUCCAUGGCGAACUGGGACAGCAUCAAGCAAUUUAUCCCAAUGGGGAACCAAUCUUGGAUGAUCCGCGAUUCAUCAUCUAUGAAAAGUGUAAAUUCUCCUUACAUAUGUUAUCAGUACUUGGCUUGGGAUUUACGAAGGUUUCCGUGAUUCUGCUUUACCGGCGCAUCUUUCGAAUGCCGACUUUCCAGCGCGUGUGUCUCGGCUACAUUAUCGUGGUCAUCGCGUGGACUAUUGCAUUCUUCUUCGCCUGCCUUUUCCAGUGCAACCCGGUCACUCCGUUUGUCGAGGGGUUUUACGGAAACAAAUGCACUAAUGUCUUGGUUCUCUACAAUGCGGUUGGGGGAACAGACGUCGCUCUCGACGUCUUGAUUAUCAUUCUCCCCAUCCAGCCUGUCUUGUCUAUCAAGAUGAGCCUCCGGCAACGGCUGGCUGUGCUGGGAAUGUUCCUCUUGGGUUUAGUAGCGGUCGCAUCUAGUAUCGCUCGGCUGGUUUCCUUCGUGCAGUGCGACACGGUUUUGAUCGAGCACUAUAAUGACGAGACAUACUACACUUCAGGCGUGUUUGUCUGGUCGGUGGUCGAGCUGGUCAUGGCUGUUAUUAGCGCUUGUCUACCGACAUUGCGCCCAUUGUUCAUGCGCGGCAAGAAGGACAGUCCUGCAGACUACCCAGAAUACGCCGGUCAAUACGGGUCCAGUUAUGGGUCCAGUAAAUCCGGUCGCCGGUCGGGGUACAUGCGUAGUGUGGAUACGCGCCAUGACGAUUUCGAGAUGCCCGCCAUGGCUUCGCAGGAUGCGCCGGGCGUGCAGAUUCAAAUCCAGCGGUCUUCAUCGUUUGAUGACAGAGAGGAGCCGACUGAAGGCGUGAUCUAUGUGCAACAUAGUACAACAUGGUCGGAUCAAGAUUUCCUGACGCAUCCCAAGCAGCCUGCUUAG